AUGCCACCAUCUGAAGGUGAGGUGUGCCAGGCAGUCCUGAGCUUCGUCACAGAUGGCGCCUACCCCGAGGAGAGCGUGGUUGCAGCGGAGUUCCCCGCAACAGCUCUUGCAAAGGAAUUGGAGCUGAUAUCCCAAGCUCGGGAGCAAGUAGAGAACGAGAUCAGCUCGCUGAGUCGGGAAAACACCACCUUCGAUGCCGAUGAUUGGAUCGUCCAAGCCAAACAACUGCACGCCGACAUCGAGCGCUCACGAGUCACCGCACGGGAGAUAGUCGCCCAGCAUGAGCACACGAGCCCCCUCCGAUCCAAAGUGGAGGAUGCGAGCGCCAAAGUAGCAUUGGUCGAAACGGAGAUUGCUUUCAACCAAGCUGUUGCCGAGACUCUUGAGGAGGUGCAGCGCUUGUGCCAACAAUUGGAGAAUGGACGAGCUGCGCUUGUAAAUGGUCAAUUGACGGCCGCGAUCGAGCAGUUGGACUCUAUGAAGGCGGCCAUUGGGAAGGAUGCUUUCUUCACAAACACUAAUGUGAUGAGCAUUCUUACUCUCGAGGUGGCACAGUUUCGGGAGCAGAUCGAGGACACCCUGCGUGUACGCUGGCAGGAGCAGCUAAAGGUGGACCGGCAACGAGGGAGGUUCCAAGUGAUCAAGGGCGAUGGUGCUGACUCUCUAGAUAACACCAUUGCGUCCAUGUCACGAUUGGAGAUUUUGAGUUCGGCCAGCGAGAAACUCUUAAAGGACCUCUGUGUCGCAGUUGUCGACCCGAUACUACUACCACGAGCAGAUGGGAAGAGUCGUGCUGUUGAAAUUACAGACACCGGCAUCCACGUUCAAUCAGAGUUCUCAGAAACAACCGUUUCCGAGACCCUGAGCCGCAUCACAACGGUUCUGGAUUAUUUGCGACAGAAUCUGCCACAAUCCAUCUCAUCUGAGCUCCCUCAAUCGCUGAUCCCAUCUGUUGCGUCCAAGGCAAUUUCAGGAUGGCUGUCUUCUUCAAUUCCAACCACUCUUGAGGGUCUGGGGAACUUUGAAGAGACUCUGGACUGUGUGAUGCAGUUCGCCAAUACAAUUUCAUCUUGGGGCUGGGCUGGGAUGGAGGAGCUUGUAUCUUGGGUCAACCAAGCACCUCGCCUGUGGCUGACUCGGCGUCGUGUCGACUCUCUCGACAGUGUGCGCAAAGUCCUUGCAGCUAGUAAAGGUACCACCAAGCAAGUUGAGCGAGUUGAAAAGGAACAGGUCUCCCGGGCUGAUGAGGCCUUGCUAGAAAACGCCUCGGAUGACUGGGACGCUAAUUGGGAUGAGGAUAAAGAGGAAGAAAGUACAGUGGAACCGACAACGGUAGCUCAGCCUGAAGAGGAAGAGGAUGUGAGUGCGUGGGGUCUUGAUGAGGACGCCGAAGAAGAACCCAAACUUGAUACAACUGGCCCAAGUGGAGACGACGAUGCCGACGACGACGCGUGGGGUUGGGGCGACGACGAGGGCGAGGAAGCACAAAGCGAUCAAAAUCAACUUCCGCAGGCUGACACCGCCGCAAAGUCAGUAGAUGGUGGAAAGGCAGCGCAAUCCUCUGCUCCCAGAGAGAUGACCCUAAGAGAGGUUUACACCGUCACCGAUAUCCCGGACUCGAUACUAGAUAUCGUUCGCCAGCAAAUUCACGACUCGAAAGAUAUCUCACAACCGCCGCAUUCGACCUCUCGGGUUGCUUCAUCGGGUGCCGGUCUAUUGGCGCUACCCACGUUGAUUCUGGCCAUGUUUAAGGCCACUUCAACCUCCUUCUAUUCUUUGAAGCUCAGCUCUGGUCAAAUGUACCUGUACAAUGAUAGCCUGUACCUUGCCGGCCAAAUUCGAGAGUUGAUGGAAGAACAUGAGCUGUCUAGGCUCAGCUCUGAUGUGGAAGCUCUCGAGAAAUUUGGCAAAUUUGCCUACAGCAAGGAGAUGCAGACACAAAGCACUAUUGUCACCGAUCUUCUUGAUGGUGCGCAAGGCUUUGGGCAAUGCUCAGAACAGCCAUUCAAAACUGAAUGUGAGAAUGCCGUGAGCGCAAGCACUGAUCGCAUUCGUGAUGUCUACAAGGAGUGGCAGCCCAUUCUGUCACACUCCGCUCUGCUACAGUCCAUUGGAUCUCUAUUAUCUACCGUGAUCAACAAGAUCAUCAUUGAUGUGGAAGAUUUGGGUGACAUCUCCGAAGAUCAGUCUAAGCAGCUCGUGGCUUUCUGCAAUCAAGUCUCCAAACUUGAGGAUCUCUUCAUGCCCGAGACAACCGACGAUGCCGAAGCCAUACCUGUCACGGCCGUUUACGUGCCAAAUUGGCUUCGCUUCCAGUACUUGAUCAACAUCCUCGAGAGCUCUCUGGCUGACAUCAAAUAUCUCUGGCUGGAGGGUGAAUUGGGACUCGAGUUCUCCACCGACGAGGUGGUGGAUUUGAUCGAGGCAUUGUUUGCAGAAUCUAGCCAUCGCCGUUCGGCCAUCGCAGAGAUCAAGCGUGCCCCUCGGGGGUGA